GGUCGGGAUCCGAGCGUCCCGCUGCCUGGCUCGUAUGAAAAUGCUGGUGGAUUUAGUUGCUCUCGUUAGUCUUGCAAGGGAAUGUGAGCGCUUCAGACUCUAGAGGUCUCCAUCCUUCAGCAUCCUUCUCCUUACAGUAUCGCUCUCCUCAUUGUGUGCCGAGAGCAGUAAAGAGACAAGACAGGCGCACAGCACCCAGAAGAACCGGAGACAGGCAUCCUCAGUGAAACCGCAGGGAACUUUAGAUUUAUUUAUUUGGUAUUUUAAUGGAGUCGAAGAUAAGAACGCGCUGUAUAUUUUUGUGAAGAUCUGGGCAUUCGAACUGUGUGAGAUAUGCCGCCCGCGGAUCCGGUUAAAUGUUAAGGUCUAUUUUAUUUUCCCCAGAAUUUCUCCUGGACUGCUCCGCUGUGAGUGUACACUUCGGUGACUCAAAUGUAUUUUAAGGGAGUCAGAAUAAAUUCCUCUCAGCUCUCUUGUUUGGGAUUUUCAGCCGAAGUGUCUGCCGUGAUGUCUGGAACAUUUCGUUCGUUGUUUUUAGUUCUGCUGAGCCUGCUGACGGCGUGGGCCCAGACAGAGAUGAAGAGGGUGGUGGGGGACAAUGCCACCCUGCCGUGCCACCACCAGUUUUGGCAGUCGGAUCCCCAGACGCUGGACAUCGAGUGGCUCCUGCAAAAGCCCAACUCCAAGCAAAGAGUGGUGAUCACGUACUUUGGGGGCACGGUGUACGUCCAGAACGAGAGUGAGCAGAGCCGGCUGUUCUUCGCGGGGGACUACCUGAAGGGGGACGCCUCCCUGCUCAUCAGUGACCUCAUGCUGACCGACUCCGGGGAGUACAGCUGCAAGGUCAAGAGCGGCGGGAAGUACCACUGGGGCACGGUCAACCUCAUCGUGCUGGUGAAGCCCUCGAAGCCUCGGUGCUGGAUGGAGGGACGGCUCCUGGAGGGCAGCGAUGUGAAGCUGAGCUGCAAGUCCGCCGAUGGUUCUGAGCCCAUUCACUACAAGUGGGAGCGUGUCCUGGACAAGGGCAAGAAUGUGGGGAAGCUGCCCCCAUUCACACUCAUAGAUUUGAAGAACCCUGAGAUUGUAACCCUGAGGAACCUGACGCAGGACAGCACAGGCAUCUACAGGUGCACAGCCAGCAACGACGUGGGGGAGGAGAACUGCCUCAUCGAGGUCCCCAUGCACUAUGUGCGGGGAAUGGGUGUGGUUGCAGGAGCCAUGGUGGGUGUGUCCUUCGGGGUCCUCCUCAUCAUCCUCAUCAUCUGGUUGGUCUUCCGCAAGAAAGAGAAGAAGAAGUAUGAGGAGGAGGAAACACCCAAUGAGAUCAGGGAGGACGCUGAAGCUCCCAAGGCGAAGUUGGUGAAGCCCAAUUCGCUCUCUUCCUCCCGUUCCGGGAGCUCCCGCUCUGGAGCCUCCUCCACCCAGUCCAUGGUGCACAGCAGCGCCCCCCGCGGGCACCGCCCCCGGCCUCCAGCCGUGGCUGCUCUCAAGGAGAAUGGACAGCCCCCCACCUUCCCCCAGUCACCCCCGGCCUACACACAGGUGGUGCCCAAGACCCCUGAGCCCGGCACCCCUAAACUCAGUCCUAGCAACCUGACCAGGAUGGGGGCCACUCCUGUCAUGAUCCCUGCCCAGACCAAGGCCUUUCAGACUGUGUAGGAAGGAAUGAUAAUACCAGCUCUCACCCCUUGACCACUGACCCCUGAUCUUUAUGAUCCCCAAUGUGUCCAGAAAAAAACAGACUUUGAACAAAAAAAAAAAACAACGAAAAGUAAAGUAUAACGGAUGUAAUUAAAGGAAUUCAUAAUAAAACAGUUUAAAAGAAUGCAUACUUAAAAAGGGAAAAUCAGAUGUGCUUGCCCCUUCUGAAUAAAAAAAUAAACAAAACUAGACAAGAAUUAGCAUCUUUGUUUAUGCAGUUGUUUUAACAGAAGCAGCGCUUUUUUGUUGUUUUCCAUUUUACCUUUUGAAGGCAUGGAGAGUAAUGUGCACACUGAGGUGGAAGGAAACCCCAAGUGGAAAUUAUUUAUUUUUAAAAUCAAGGGACAGGAGCGCAGAGAGGAGAGCGAUGUAGCGCAUCAGAAGUACUCAAGUCUCCAGGUUUAGCGGAAACAGCGAGGGACUUGAAAAACAAGACGCAGGGACGACGGCAGCCGCCCGCCAGGGACAGAUGGGCCGCUUUCCCGCUCACGCUAACCACAGUCAAACGAGAGGGGCCGCCAAAAAAGAGAAAACGGUCCCAAUGCUUUCCUUCAUCACCUGAUUCUCUGACUCAUUCUCUGUUUUGGCCGCCGCCCGCGCCCCACUUUCGCCCACGCGCUAAACCGAAGGAGACAUUGCGGCACUUCCCAUGGUAACUCUGUGGGGUUACAGACAGAGAGGACACUUUCCCAGUUUGUGGGGUCCUGUACAAGGCUCACAAACAGUGAUGGAAUGCACUGGGUUGGAAGAGGUAAAAAAAAAAUGCAACUCCAGUUCACACAAUUCACAAUUCACUUUUCA